AAGUUUCUGUACGAGUGUAACGUUAGGUGUAUAUAUGAAAGUUUUUGUGAUUGCGUUGUCCAUGAAGUUAACACCCUUUUCCUACUGUCACUUGUUACUGUUAUAUGGCACACUUAUCCUCCAUGAUCAUCCGAGUGUCCAUCAGUGUACAUACAAUCGUGCACUUGAGAUUUUAACCAAAACUGUUAGGUGGCGCUUUUGAUACAUGACAUGUAGACAAAAUGGCGGACGAAGCUCUUUUUGAGUUUCUUCACAUGGAAGUUGUUUCUUACCUUUUCAAGACGGCAGAUGAGGAAAAAUGCAUUCCAAUCCUGGAGAACAUGGGUUACCGUGUGGGACACAGUCUAGCAGAAAGAUUUACCAAGGACAGCUCUCGCUUCAAGGAUGAGCUGGACAUCAUGAAGUUUAUCUGUAAGGAUUUCUGGACAAGUGUUUAUAAGAAACAGGUGGACAACCUGAGAACCAACCAUCAGUACCUAGCAUUCCCCUGUGGGCUGAUCCGAGGAGCUCUGGCUAACCUGGGGAUCAGCUGUAUCGUCACAGCCGAGGUGCAGAACAUGCCUGCAUGUAAAUUUCAGAUCAUGAUCCAGAGAUCACAAUAACAGGGACACCUAGCUGUUACAAGUGGUACUGCAGACAGAAGCUCACAAGGCUGCGAUGUUUGGACAUUGAGGCAAUGAUUGACAGUUUCUCUCUGAUGUUAGUGCCCCAGGGGGGAGGAAUAAAGCUUUAGGGAAAACAUUGUUCGAAACUUUGUACAGUAUGAUGAAAUAGCUACAUGUCACUUAUGUACUUUGAAAUCAGUGUCAAAUUAAUUUGUGCUUUAUAUCACAUGUUAGAGUGAGCGAAUGAAUGUAGCAUCAAUAUCCCCAAUCAGUUGUAGAAUUCUCUGAUAA